ACUCUGGCAUGCUCUCGGUGUAUUGUUCGCACCCAUUCCCCGCAAUAUCGAGGUCCACAAUUUCUCCGAACCCAUAUUCCCCCGCAACAUCCCAGUAGACAUGCCAGGGACGACAUGUUUCCUGGGAGAAUGGUGUCGUAUUCCAGGAUCGAAACGAUGCAAUAAUAUCUUCACCUGCCCACUCUUCAAGCUUCUCUCCGUCGCAUUAUUAGACCUUGUUCAUCACGAGCAGGUUUGGCGACGGACUACAAGAUGAAGGUCACCAGCUUCCUCACUCUCCUGCCGUUUGUGGCUGCGUUACCCCAGCAAAGCGCUCCGUCUACCUUCUCCCGACGCGUCGUUUUCACACCGCCUUCCAACUACACGGAUCCACGUGUUCUCUACGCGCGCACCGCCCAGCUCCCUGACGGAGAUCUCCUGGCAACCUGGGAGAACUACAGCCCAGAACCGCCACCAGUGUGGUUCCCCAUCUACAAGUCUUCUGAUAAUGGAUACACUUGGAAGGAAAUCUCAAAGGUGACAGACCAGGCCUACGGCUACGGUCUGCGAUAUCAGCCCUUCCUCUACGUCCUACCUGAAGACUUCGCCGGAUAUCCCGCCGGAACCGUGCUCCUCGCCGGCUCGUCCAUCCCCACGGACCUUUCAAGCACGCACAUCGAGCUCUACGCAUCUCAGGACAAGGGCGUCACUUGGAAGUUCCUCUCGCACAUCGCAGCCGGCGGCGUUGCGAAGCCCACCAACGGGCUCACGCCAGUCUGGGAGCCCUUCCUGAUGAAGUACAAGAACACGCUCAUUUGCUACUACUCCGACCAGAGGGACAACGCAACGCACGGCCAGAAGAUGGUUCACCAGACCACCACCGACCUGAAGACCUGGGGCAAGGUCAUCGAUGAUGUCGCGUACCCAAAAUACACAGACCGUCCCGGUAUGCCCACCGUUGCUGAACUGCCCAACGGCAAGUACAUCAUGACCUACGAAUACGGCGGCGGCCCCGCCCUCUCAGGCUACCAAUUCCCCGUGUACUACAAGAUCGUUUCCGACCCCGAGAAGUUCGGCCCCGCGACGGGCGUUUCUCUCAAAGCAACCGACGGUACGAUUCCUAGCGGUUCGCCAUACGUGGUAUGGAGCCCCGUUGGUGGAGCGAAUGGAACGAUCAUCGUGUCGGGGCAUUCGAAUACCGAAAUCUUUGUGAAUACAGGGCUGGGAUCGGGGUCGUGGAGGAAAGUCAGCUCUCCAGAGGUGACGCAUUAUACGAGGCAUUUGAGGGUUUUGGGGGAUCCUCCGAAGUUGCUGAUCAUGGGUGGCGGGCAGCUGCCGCCGUCCACGACGAAUAAGGUGCAGCUGAGUGUGAUGGAUAUCAGUAAGCUGUGAAUGGUCAGAGGCGCGAUGACCGCAGCAGCAUAUCUAAGUUAGCACCUGUACAUGAAAUGAUUCCAUACCAAUAACGCCAUCGGUGCC